GAUGUGUUCCAUUGGCUCCAGCUCGAGCACGAGUUCUUCCCCGACAAGAGCCGAAAGAAAUCGGUGAGCGCUGCUCCAGCCUCUGAGGGCGACGAAGGCCCUGCCAGUGAUGACGAGGCUCAAGAGAAUGAAGGCGACACGCAGGAAGCAUCGCCAGCAGCAGCUGACGAAGAGGCCCCUGGUCAGGACGAUGAAGGCGACUUGAAAGGAACAACAGGCCAGGAAGAGGCCCCAGGUUCGGUGAAUGAUGAAGGCAACAAAGCAGCAACAGACGAGGAAGAGGCCCCAGGUUCAGCGAACGAUGAAGGCAACUUGAAAGCAGCAACAGGCCAGGAAGAGGAUCACGAGCCACUGGUCAAAAGGCCACCAAGCUGGGACUCCACGCGGGUGCAAGACAUCUUGGAUCAGAAGAUGGAAGCCGACGACGCGGCCCUGCCCGAGUUGCAGACAAAGUUGUGGCCAGACAGCAUUAUGACAGGCGGGCAGCUGCCAAAGCCCAGGAAGUCGAAGGAAGAAAAGGCCACCCCAGCCCAGGAUGAUGAUGGCGAAGAUGAUGGCGAAAGUGCCGAUGAGAAGAACAAGAGCAAGGACAGCGGUGAGGGUGCCACGGGGAGUGGCAAUAAAGGCAAGCGAAAGGCGGCCGCCAAGAACGCGGAGCCGGAGCAGGAGGACGGCAAAAGCGAAAAGGAGAGCGGCGAGGAUGACAAAAGCAAAAAGGGCAGCGGUGAGGGUGCCAGUGGGAGUGGCAAAGGCAAGCGAAAGGCCACCAAGGACUCGGAGCAGGAUGGUGAUGGAGGUGAGGAGAAGACGAGGCCCAAAAAGAUCAAGCUUGCAGAGCAGAAGGCCCUCGUUCGCGAUCUGCCGGCCUUGAAGUACUACUUUGUGAUGCCCUAUUGGUCCAGAUGUGAGGUCGGCAUCAUGAAGCGCGAGAAUGCUAUCGAGAAGCGACAGCAGGUUUUCAGCCUCAAUGGCACGAGCUUGGGACUGCUGGAUGAUGCUGUCACGUGGAGGGAGAUCUUGAAACCUUGCUGUGAUGCA